ACAAUGAAGUCUAUAUGAUAUCAGAUCAGAGCACGACUAAGUCAGUAACCACAUCAUCACCUCAUUGCUGGUAUUCAUAUUUAAUCCAUUAAUUAAUCAUCAAUAUAUCUAUGCGUACUUGUGUAGGAAAUCUCUUCAAUCCUGAAUUAUCCCAGAAGAAAAGAAGACUAUGAGAACAAGCAACUGGUGCAAAUCUAUAUAAUUUGUCAAUGGAUACAACAGAACCCUUACUUCCUCAGGACCAAAGACAAGAACCGCCGCCUUCAUUUCUUCUCAACUAUCUAUAUAUAGCUCACUUCCUUGCAAGAUGGGGUGCCAGAAUGUGGGAAUUCUCAGUGGGUUUAUAUAUGAUCAGUGUUUGGCCUGAUUCCUUACUCCUUGUUGCAAUUUAUGGUGUUGUGGAAUCAUCCUCUACUGCAUUAUUUGGUCCAAUCAUUGGACGAUGGGUGGAUAGGCUAACAUAUGUAAAGGUUCUUCAACUAUGGUUGGUAACCCAGAAUCUCUCCUUCAUAAUUGCUGGAGGUGCAGUAGUGGCCUUACUGGUAUUUCCAAGCCUGAAGUUCACAAAUAUAGUUGCAUUCAUCGCCCUGGUGAUAUUGACAAACAUCUCUGGAGCUGUUGGUGUGCUUUCAACAUUAGCCGGUACCAUCCUGAUUGAAAGAGAAUGGUUGGUGGUAAUAUCUGAAGGCCAUCCUCCCAAUUUACUGGCUGAUAUAAAUUCGGUUAUUAGACGAAUUGAUUUAACUUGCAAGUUAGUUGCACCAGUUAUAAGUGGCUUCAUUAUCAGCUUUGUAUCACUGAAGGCAUCGGCUUUGAUGUUAGCAUUGUGGACAACUAUAUCAGUAUGGGUUGAAUAUUGGCUUUUUAUAUCAGUGUACAACGGGAUCCCGGCUUUAGGCAUAAACAGCAGCCGAAGGAGGAUUUUGCAAGUUUCACCAAGUAAUCAUGUGGAAGACACCAUUUCGACUUCACAGGAAAGAAAUAGUUUAGUAUCCAAUGAUGGAGAGAAUUCAGCAACUGCAGGCAAAAGCUUUGCAUUUAAAAUCAUUGAGUGGAUCUCUAAUGUUCCCUACAUUGAAGCAUGGAAAGUAUACUUGCAGCAAGAUGUCGUUUUACCAGGAGUUGCUUUAGCUUUGUUGUUUUUCACUGUUCUAAGUUUCGGGACAUUGAUGACAGCAGCCUUGGAAUGGCAAGGGAUACCUGCAUUUGUAAUCGGCAUAGCACGUGGAAUUAGUGCUUCAAUUGGAAUAGCUGCGACUAUAGUGUACCCUAUGCUUCAAUCUCAUAUUUCUACGCUCAGAACCGGACUAUGGUCAGUCUGGUCUCAGUGGAUAUGUCUGCUGGUAAGUGUGGCUUCCAUAUGGGUCAAAAAUAGCCAUUUAUCAGCAUAUAUGCUGAUGGCUGGAGUUGCUACAUCUCGGCUCGGUUUGUGGAUGUUCGACCUAUCCAUCAUCCAACAAAUGCAGGAUGCUGUUCCUGAAUCGGAUCGUUGCAUUGUGGGAGGAGUUCAAAACUCACUUCAAGCUACCUUUGAUUUGAUGGCUUAUGUCAUGGGAAUAGUAAUCUCUAAUCCACAGCUUUUCUGGAAGUUGAACUUGGUAUCCUUUUGGGCGGUGACAAUGGCUUCAUUUCUCUACACAUGGCAUCUAUACCGGAUUCGGAAGCACCUUUUUCACUUUGAGAAGCUGUCGUCCUUACUCAUUAGUUCUGCUCAGCGCUUGUAAGAUGAUAUGAAAUAAAAUGAUAUCCCAAGCAUUGCCUUGCUUGCAAAUUAACAUAUGUAUGAUGUUUGUAAUCUGAACACAGAAAUCUGUCCAUGUAUGAUUAUGGACUGGGCAAAACUUUUUAAUACAAUUUAAAAUUUUGUAAUUUUUAUUUUGAAACAACUACAUAGUUUAAAAUACUAGACAUGUUUUUAGUAAUUCAUAUAUUUUUAUUUUUAUUUAUAAAA